AUGGGUCUCUCCUUCAGCAGAACCCGAAGGAACCAAACUGGAAGACGAACAAGACAACGACGACGACAACAACAACACCGCCACAACCAACCCCCUUCUUCUUCCUCUGCUUCUGCUUCUUCUUCUUCUUCUUCUUCUUCGGCUAAUCCUGCGCGGGGCCCACUUCCCUCCGGUUCUUUCGCUCCGGCCAAGAAGAUCCAGAACGACGUCAAUGUGCAUAAGGACUCCAUUAGGAUUACUCGUGACGACGACGAUUCAGACUCCUUGUUGGUCUCUUUCACUUUCGAUGCUCUCGUUGAUGGCAGUAUCACCAUAUUCUACUUUGCCAAGGAGGGGGUGAAUUGCACAUUUACUCCAGUAUACCCAGAAUAUUAUACGCCAACAAAAAUCCCAUUUCAGAAAGGUCUAGACCAGAAAUUUUUUCAGCCAUCUGGAACUGGCAUUGACCUAGGUUUCUUUGAAAUGAAUGAGUUAUCUAACUCGACAACAGCAGAAGGUAUCUUCCCGCUCGUCAUCCAGGUGGAGGCAUUCCCACAUCCCUCGACAGAUGUAGAGUCUGGUCAACCUCAUUCAAUUACGUCUCCUCACACACAGAUUACUCAAGCUGUACUGGAUGAGACUAAAGACAGCCAGUAUCAAGUGAGAGUAAUCAAGCAGAUCUUGUGGAUUGAUGAGGUUCGUUAUGAGCUAUGUGAACUCUAUGGAAUUGGAAAUUCUGACAAAUCAGGCUUUGAUGACAGUGAGCCAGGGAAAGAAUGUGUGAUAUGCAUGAUGGAGCCAAAAAAUACGGCUGUAUUGCCUUGUCGGCAUAUGUGCAUGUGUAGUGAUUGUGCAAAAGCAUUGAGGGCUCGAUCAAACAAGUGUCCGAUUUGUCGUCAGCUCAUACAAGAACUUAUAGUGAUCAACGUUGAUAAAGCAUCAACCUGAGCGGGGUUUUUUUCCCAGAUUUCCUCAACAUUCAAGAUUCAUGAGUGGAUAUCAUUCUUACAGUUUUGAAGCAGACUUUCAAGUUUUGAAGCAACAAUAGUUAGUUGUGAGGCAGUUUAUACUUUAUCAGCUUUCAGGCAUUGAAUUUUAUUUAACCACAAACGUAAAAAGAUUCACAUUUCAUACAUUAAAAUCAGAAUAUAGUUUGCCAUGAUUUAU